UUACGUCGAUACAGUUGGAAAGAAAAUUCGGCAUUAACGUGUCGUGCAAUUUUUUCAAGGAGCCCCAGAAAAAUAACCUGUACUCAACCUGCUAAAUUAGUGCUUAACCAACUGAUAUAUAUAUAUAUUAUUUAAUUCGUUGGCUUUACUGUGCAAAAAUUUUUGGAGUCAGUUCGCAAGCGCACAGACUAAAGUGGAAAAAAAGUACAUGAAAAUCGGGUCAGUUCGGUUGUUUCCGCGCAACUGCAGCUGUAUUAGUGAUAGCGACGAUAACACAGGCGCAACAUUGAGUAAAACAAAAUAUACAUUCCUGCACAGUUCGGUAUUUAUGCAAAAAUUGUGAUUUAAGAAGUUUGUAAAUUGACGACAUAAGUCGAAUAAUAUAAUUAUGUUGAAGUUUAUACGGGGAAAGGGUCAGCAGCCAACAGCUGAACGACAACGACUACAGAAGGAGCUCUUUGCAUAUCGCAAGACCGCUCAACAUGGUUUCCCGCACAAACCCUCUGCUUUGGCAUAUGAUCCAGUUUCAAAACUUAUGGCUAUUGGAACACAGACUGGAGCUGUCAAAGUCUUUGGUCAACCAGGCGUUGAGCUAUAUGCACAACAUACCUUGGUCAAUAACUCAGCAUCUGAAUUAAACGUUCAACUACUUGAAUGGGUUUAUGGCACUGGUCGUAUACUCUCAUUAACUGCAGCAAAUCAACUUAUAUUGUGGGAGCCAGUGGGAACAACGCUGGUACCAAUUAAAACUCUUCCCUUUGAUGGAAAGUUGAAAAAAGUAUCUUCAUUAUGUUGCUCGCUAAACAACUAUCUUGUAUGGAUCGGAACUGAAGGCGGCAACAUCUAUCAGUUCGACUUAAAGUCUUUUACUAUACGUGAACCUGUCAUAUAUCAUGAUAUGGUAUUGGAAAAAGUACCACCAAGUUACAAACUCAAUCCAGGUGCUAUCGAGUCAAUACGCCAACUUCCCAAUGCACUAAACAAACUACUUAUCGCUUACAAUCGCGGACUUUGUGUAUUGUGGGACUUGGAUCAGUCAGCUGUUGAACGUGCUUACAUUGCGCCCGGUCAUGGUCAAAGUGUAGGUUUGUUUGUCAACUCUACUGGUACGGAAUUCAAUUGGUACCAUGCAGAUGGCUCUUACGCCAGCUGGAUCAUUGCAAGUGAGGAACCACCCGAAAAUGUAAAUUAUGUCCCUUAUGGUCCAGACCCAUGCAAAAGUAUAAAUAGGCUUUAUAAAGGAAAGCGAGGAUGCAAUGAUGUAAUAGUUUUUUCUGGAGGCAUGCCGCGCUCAGCCUAUGGAGACCAUAACUGCGUUUCGAUACAUGGCAGCGACGGAAAAAGAAUCUGCCUUGAUUUUACGUCGAAAGUAAUUGAUUUCUUUGUAACAUAUAAAGAAGAAAGCGAUGAUUUACAGGUGCUGGUUGUGUUGCUUGAGGAAGAGUUGUGCGCUUAUGAUCUCACUGAUGCUAAAGUUCCUGCAGUUAAAGCGCCUUAUCUGCAAUCGGUACAUGCCUCAGCAGUGACGUGUAAUUAUCUGGCCUCACAAGUUAGUCAGGCAGUGUAUAAACGCAUUUUACUCGCUGGAGAUGAACAAAACAUAGACUAUAGCAGCAUUGACUGGCCCGUAACAGGCGGUGUUUUACCAGUUGGACUUGUGGAGUCUUGUGACGGAACAAUGCAGGAGUACGAGAUACUUUUAACUGGUCACGAGGACGGUUCUGUUAAGUUUUGGGAUUGCUCUGGAGUGCUUCUUAAACCGAUAUAUAAUUUUAAGACAGCAAAUAUUUUUGGUCAUGAAAAUCACGACGAUACUGCAAUUGAAAGCAAUGAACAGAUUGAUGAAGGAGAACCACCUUUUCGUAAAUCGGGUCUAUUUGAUCCAUAUUCAGACGAUCCUCGCUUAGCAGUAAAAAAAAUAGCGUUAUGCCCCAAAACAGGUCAAUUGAUAGUGGGGGGCACUGCAGGACAAAUUGUUAUAGCCGACUUUAACGGUGAUGCCCCAGAGCGUGGUGUGUUAAAACUGAACUCUAUGAACUUGGUUAGUGAUCGUGACGGCUUUGUGUGGAAAGGCCACGAUCAGUUGAAUGUCCGUCCCAAUUUAUUAGCUGAAGAAUCUGGACCAAUAAGUGAAAGUGGCGUCAGCAUAACAGGCGUGUUGCAAGUACUGCCACCAGCUAGCAUUACAAGUCUAGCAUUAGAAGCUAAUUGGGGAUUAGUAUCCGGAGGUACAGCGCAUGGUUUGGUGUUAUUUGAUUUCAAAAACUUUGUACCGGUAUUUCAUCGUUGCACAUUAAAUCCAAGCGAUUUAACUGGUGCUGGUGACCAACUUUCGCGUCGUAAAUCAUUUAAGAAAUCGCUUCGCGAAUCGUUUCGUAAACUGCGUAAAGGAAGGUCAACUCGCAAUAAUCCCAACAGUCAUGUGCCAACUACAUUGGAAGCGCGUCCUGUUGAAAGGCAGAUAGAAGCACGCUGCACUGACGAUGGGAUGGGGUCUAUGGUGCGUUGUUUACUGUUUGCUAAAACGUAUAUAACCAAUGUUAAUAUAACCUCUCCAACUUUGUGGUCCGCCACUAACGCCAGUACCGUUUCGGUAUUCCUUUUACAUUUACCACCAGCACAAACCGCAGCCACCAGUGAACCACCAGCUAGUGGCAAUGCGACACCACAGGCACCGCGUCGCAUAUCUGCACAACUAGCCAAGGAAAUUCAGUUAAAACAUAGGGCACCUGUUAUAGGCAUUUCUAUAUUUGACCAAAGUGGAUCCCCUGUUGACCAGUUAAACUCUGGGGAAAAUGGUACACCACCCCAUCGUGUUCUUAUUGCUUCCGAAGAACAGUUUAAAGUUUUUUCCUUACCCCAAUUAAGACCUAUUAACAAGUACAAGUUGACGGCUAACGAAGGUGCCCGUAUACGCCGCAUACACUUCGGCUCGUUUAGCUGUCGUGUCUCGCAUGAGCUCUUGCAAAGUAUAAAUGGGACCAGUCCAACAAAAUCUGCUAGAUCUCACGAUGGCGGGGAAGGAGUAGCAAAUACAAGUCUACCUUUACCAGCACGUGAUAGUGAGGUUUACCAUGAGAUGGCAUUAAUUUGUUUAACCAACAUGGGCGACAUUAUGGUGUUAUCAGUGCCAGAGUUAAAACGUCAAUUAAAUGCAGCAGCAGUAAGACGAGAGGAUAUUAAUGGCAUUUCGUCGCUUUGCUUUACUAAUAGCGGUGAGGCAUUGUAUAUGAUGUCAUCUUCAGAGUUGCAACGAAUUGCUUUAUCUACCUUCCAAGUCAUACAACCCACAGGCUUCGUAUCGGUCGAACCUUUCGAGACCGAUGACAACGAAUCUACAAUUCAAGCCAUCGAAGAUGAUAAUAGCGAUAAAAACGUCAAUUCAAACGAUGAUAGUGCUGAAAACGGGGCCAGUACAACCAGAACUGAACCACCGAUUGCGAAGCAACGCGCUAAAGCGCUUGAGCUUAGCAUUGAAAACAAUAGUAUUCCGCUAACUAACGGCUUAAAUACCAGCAAUUCGCCCAAUCGAGCAAAUGAGACCAUCACCAGUUCUAUAGGUGACAUAACUGUCGACUCUGUUCGCGAUCAUUUGAAUACCACUACAACAACGCUAUGUUCCACAACUACAGAAGAAACUGUCGGUCGCUUGUCAGUGCUUAGCACACAAACAAACCAAACUACAACAAACGUAAAUAUGAAGGAUAUGUCUAAUAUAAAUAUACAAAAUUUACUAGAUUUGGCGUCAAGAGGCAAUAGCACAGAAACCAGUACAAGCUCUGUCAUCAUAAAGUCUACCAUAACAAGCAUAUCACAUGAACAGACCAACGGGGAAAACGAAACUCUAAAGACUAAAACUACAACGCACGAGGAAAGCGAAUUUUAGACAACAUACAAAAGCAACGUUUUAAAACAGUUUUAAGCACUUACAAUAGUAUUUUCAUUAUUAACAAUAAUUUGUAAUAUAAAAUCUGUCGACAUAACACUUAUUAAUGCAUAAGUCGCAGCUAGACUUA